UUCGCUGCCACGUACCGACUCCCAGAAGGCAGUGCGUAAAAAAGAGGUGUUUACUUCCGGUGAUGGCCUCCGACUUAAACAAAGGUCAAACAUCAGAAUCGUUGGAAUCAAAUUCUGUUUUUACCUCAAAUAUUUCCGCUGCACUUGAAGAAUUCUUGAAACACGGUAAAAUCAUUCUUGAAGAUGGCAUUGCAGAAUUUAACAGGAAAGAUUGUCUUGAAAAUUUCAUUUCCUCAAAAGUGGGAAAAAUGUUUCAGCUCGCCAACACAUACAAUACGUUGUUUAGAAGCCUUGGCAUUCAAAAUCGAAAGGAACUGGAUUUACAGCUAGGAAAGCAUUUCAGAAAUUCUUCCGUAAAAGAGCUGGCAAAUAAUCUCAUUGAAUUCGAGAUAGAAUGGGAUCAGUUUCUUCACACUGUUGAUGCUGCUAUCCAUGGUGAGUCCCGUGAGAAAACUAAAAUACUUGAGGCUGGAGAGUAUUUAUCCCAGCAACUAACAGUUGUUGAUGUAGUAGAGGGAAAUUCAGUUACUCUGGACAAAUUACUCCCAGCUUUCACUUCUCCUUAUUUACUACUUGUUCUCCAGCGCCACUUUGCAUGACUACCCUGACGUAAACACGUAAUGGAGCUAGAAACUCGGAAGUCAGAUUUGAAAGCUUUAGGCUGUGAUAUUCUACUUCUUUUCUUUGGAUCACAGAAGUCUAUUAAACAGUGGUUGGCAGAAACGAAAUCUUCUUUCCCUUCUUUUCAAGAUUCUUCAAAAAAUAUUUACUCUGCUCUUGGAUUAAGUAGAUCUGUCAAGGAAGUGUUUUGUAUGAAGACCAUGCAAUAUUAUGCUUCUGAAAUGGCUUCUGAUGGGAUUAUCCCAACUCCAUAUAAAGAUUUUAAUGAAGAUAUUUACCAAAUGGGUGGUGAUUUCAUCAUUGACCAAACUGGUAAAAUCUUGUUUACCUAUCGCAGUCAGACUCCAAGUGAUCGACCUUCUGCUGAGCAAAUUUUAGGAACCUUAAAGAAUUUUCCUGUGUAAAACGAAGCAUGUGGUAUCUAUGAAGGCCCCAGAUGAAAGCAAAAACAUUGAAACCUUGGGCUGGAAAUCUCAACACAUGUCUUGAAGUUGAUCAUUGUUCAUUUGUUUAUUAUUAUAUACAUUAACGACUAUAUUUGUAAUUAUUUUUACCAGAUGUUAACAUCAUGACCAUCAUCAAUGUUAACACUAUCGAUUUUGAUAAUACAGAUGUCUUUUAUUUCUAAAUGAAUUCCUGAAUGCACAUACCGGCAGGGGUGGACUGAGCUGUUGUUAACUCUCUUUGAUAUCAAUGCUAAGGGGCCUGGUGAACAGUUAUGCUUGAGGACCCUUAUUACUCUCAGUAUGCCACUGUAUACAGGGCUGCUAACUAUAACUGCUGCAUUUAGUCCUUCAAAUUUUUAUUUUUUAAUUUGCUUGUUUUAAUAAAAGUUUAUUACAUUCAUGAAAAAUUAAGGUAGUGUUUAAAAGUAAAUAUUUUUGUUGUUGUUUAUAAAUGUAUUGGUGCUCUUCAUGUGAACUUGCAAAAGUGUUGGUGAGCAGUGUCCUACAGACAGUCAUUGGUAAGUUGUCUCUAAACUGCAUCAUAUACUUCUUUCAGGGUUGGCUGUGAAAAUGUUCUAGGAGUGGCUGUGUGGUAAGUAGCUUGCUUACCAACCACAUGGUUCCGGGUUCAGUCCCACUGCGUGGCACCUUGGGCAAGUGUCUUCUACUAUUGCCCCGGGCCGACCAAAGCCUUGUGAGUUGAUUUAGUAGACAGAAACUGAAAGAAGCAUGUCGUAUAUAUAUAUAUAUAUAUAUAUAUAUAUAUAUAUGUAUGUAUAUGUAUGUGUGUGUAUAUGUUUGUGUGUCUGCAUUUGUCCCUCCAACAUCGCUUGACAACCGAUACUGGUAUGUUUACAUCCCCGUAACUUAGCGGUUCAGCAAAAGAGACUGAUAAAAUAAGUACUAGGUUAUAGAACAAGUCCUGGGGUCGAUUUGCUCGACUAAAGGCGGUGCUCCAGCAUGGCCACAGUCAAAUGACUGAAACAAGUAAAAGAGUAAAUAUUUGGGUUACCACUUGUUACUAGUGUUGAGUGCUAUUUCUAGCAUCAGAAGUCACCCGUUGUACAAAGAAAAUGGAAAUCUAUUUGGAUUUUUGAUAAAGAAAUUUUUUUUUUUUUUUCAUACACUAAAAGCAAAAAACUCAUUACUGCAAAUCACAAAAUGUUAAGGGAGUUUGAACAUCGUUAUUCUUCUUCUCGGUGUAAUUGUAGUCGUGGUCAAAAAGUUAGCUGCUGAAUAUUGUGGGGGAUCAUUCAUUGUGGUUGUUACCAGCAUGGGUCAGCUGUCCACAUCUGUUUGCCAUCUUGCUGUUUCUCAAUUGUCUCUCCAGACUCUCUGUCAAGUAGUCAAGGUACACUGAUGGUUAGGUUCAGAAAGAAGCAUACCAAAAGAUAAAUCCUUGCUCGAACCUUUGCCACAUGAAAUCAUUAUCAGUUAGAUUUUUGUUGAUCACAUGGGUAAUAUUCUCACAAAUUGUGACAUUGGGUGUAGUGAACUGACUGUUGAAUAUUCCCACUUCACAUCACAAAGGAUCACCAACUUGUGACAAAAAAAAGUAUGGAACUCAGAGUUUCCUGGUGUCCCAGCAGAUCACUGAUAAUCUAGUAAUACAUUAAGUCAGAAUGAAUCUUGCCUACUUGCUUGUAAUGUUACUCAGACAAACUGGUGCAUAAUGGGAAAAUGCUAUGAAUUUAGUUCUCUCCUGAAAUGUAAAUACGAGUGGAAUGAAACAAAUUUCGUGUAAAUUGGAUAAGGGGUUGUGAAGAUAGUAAGGGUUUUCAGAGUAUAAAUACCCAAAAUGGUGCAUAAUUGGAAAAGUCUCCGAAAUUAACUUGAUCCUGGAAGGGAAGCAACUCUUACCUUUCGAUAUACAAUGACUUGACAACAAAAAAUGUUUCUAUUUUCGCUUUUCUGAAACACAAUAUUUUAAUCAUUUAGAAAUAUUUUUAAGUGAAUGAGAUUUCAAAAAUGCGAGUUGUUUAUACAAUAAGUAUUAAUAUUUUAGCUUUCUUUAAACUGACAAUAUUUUAAUGGUUUUUAAAAUUAUUUUCAAGUGAAUACCAUUACAAAAAUUCUUUUUGGCAUAAAUAUUUCGUAAAAGAUCCGGGGGUUUAUUCCAUCUCAAUCACAGAUUUUAAAAUUAAUUUUCAAGAUCCGAUCGUAAGCUCAGUGUGAAAUAAUUUUCUCCUAUAGGUUUAUUUUGAGUGCAUUCAACAUAUCUCACUGCCAAAGAUUUGGCUGCUAUUUCUAGCACACCCUGCUACCAUGUAACAGCUAUUUGCGAUAAAGGACCCGAAAUACCUGUUACGUGGUAGCAGGGCGUGCAAGAAAUAGCAGCCAAAUAUUUCCUUUUUGUGAGGAAAGGAGCUACGUACGCUUGAUUUUUGAUGUCACGUCCGUUGAAAGCAUGCAAAAUAACCUGGAAAAGAAAAAAAACACGAAACAAAACACCGUUGCUGGGAAACUCAAACUUUCCCGGUGACCCAACGGGUCACUGGUAGUCUAGUCUACUAUAAAUGGCAUGCGCUAGUCUCGAACCUCGGCCCGCGAUGUUUACAUUUGAUAUCACCUUAGAAUGUAUCGAGUUCUACAAUAUCCAGUGUGCCUUUCCCGUUUUGGGGAAGAUCUAACUGCUAUUUCUGGUACUAUUCAAGAAGAGUGGUCCCGGUGCGCGCAUCCGCGCUAGCUAGUCGUGACUCGUCGUUCCUACAACGACUAUCUAGCGCGUAUGCGCAAAUCAUGUAUGAGGGUUUUUUUUUAAACAAAGUAAAUAUUUUUUUUUUUGUUGAAUAGUACCCUAUUUCUACCAUGUUGAUCUUUGUUAUUGUUUCCGUUACUAAGGAAGCGCUUUCAUUGGUUACCUGGUUACCCAAUCGAUUAUUUCAAUCAUGGCUGACGAAGGUGACUUGAAGCAGUCUUCUUAUGAACCAGAGACACUGCAACACGGAGCUGAUAACGACAAAACAUGGUCCGUAAAUAGAACAGAAACUAGCAGUAGUGCAGGAGGACAAAGGAUCGAAUUUGAUGACAGGUUAAUAGAGAUGUCGAGCAAUGAUAGCGCUGCUAAAUCAACUUACGUCCGCAACACCGUUCCCACGACAGAAAAUCCGUUUGAAAAAGCCAACAGAUAUUUAUAUAAGCAUAAUUUGUUCUCGCUUUUUCAGGAGUUGGUAAUGAAUGUGGCAUAUAAGCAACCUUCAGACUCCAUCAGUUUUAUGGUGAAUGAAAUUGAAAAAUUUCGAAAUCAGUCCUGAGACAAUAACAAUGUGGAGAAAACCAACCAAUCACUGGAUCUCAUCUACAGUCAGAUGAGGUAGACACCAGGCUGGGAUGUGGUAUUCACCAGGGUUGGCUUUAAUGUACUUGAAUUCCUUACUGUGUGUUAUACUCCAAUAAAUCGUAUUCAAGUGUUUCUUGUGAUAUACUUCACUGCAAUGUCCUCUACUGUUGAAAAGUGAAAUGACAAUAUUAGAUAUUAUUUCAUGUCUGAUGGUAGGUGUUCAAAUGUUUCGUAUAUUGUUAUACUCUUAUUGAACUGAGUACUCUCACUGAGAGUACUCUACCAGUGCUUAUAUUUCCUCAACUAACUUUAUCAAUAUUGUUCCAUGUAUCAUAUGGAGGAAUAAAACUAUGUUCUCAUACAUUUAAAACCUUU